AUGCCGCUCGUCAAGAGAAAGAUCGUAGAGAUGGCGCCGCCGCCAAAAGCCAAGGGCAGCGACGACCCCGAGGUCUUCUACCUCGAUGCCACUGGCGAAAUCUUUUCCGACUACGACGCGUACGUCAAGCGCCUGACCUUCUACAACCAGCGCUUCUUCCAAUGCGAGCUCACCGGCAGGGUCAACCUCACCUUUUUCGAGGCCGCCGAGAGCGAAAAGCAAGAGUCGAUUACGCUGCACAAAAAGUUCCCCGAGCCGCUCAAGGGGCCCGUCCUUCGCUCCGUCCAGUUCAAGGUGACUGGACGCCUCGACAACCUCGUCGACCUCGUCUUUGACCGCUUCAAGGACCGCUUCUUUGCCAACGAAGCUGUCUUUGUCGAGCUGCAGGGCGACCGCUACUACGCCAGGAUCAAGGAGGUGUUCCCGCCCAAGUCGGUGCUCAAGACACACCAGGAUGCGCACUCCGGCUCCGGGUCGCCGGCAAAGGCGGGACCGAGCAACGGCGUCAAGCAUGAGGACGCGGAAGCGGCUGCUUUGGCGUCCGACUCGGCGCUCGACGGCGAAGAGGCGGGCGCCGCGUCAGCGGCCAACAAGGCGACGAUGUCGACGGCCGACGUCAUCCAUCGCCUUGGAGUCGACCUCACCCUCGGGCCUGCCCAGGCCAACGCGCUCGACGAUCCGACGCAGUACAUCUACCGCAUCCAGCUGGUCGACGACGAGGGCAGCUUUACCGGCAGCCUGAUGGAGGCGUCGGCCGACCGGCUCAGCCGCGACCGGCUGACGUUCUCCAAGACGAUCCUGCGCAAGUACAUCCGCGACUGCGUCGUCCGCGAUGCCAGCGUCGGCGCACCCUGGACCGUCAAGACGUGGCUGGCGGAAAAGUACGACAUCCCCACGCGGCCGUCCGACGAGCUGGUGCAGCAGAACGAGUCGAUCCGCGACGCCAAGCUGCUUAAGCGCAAGAAGCUGCUGGCCGAGGCCGAAGAGUCGAGCGCCAAAAAGAAGGCCAAGACGUCGGCCGCGUCGAAAAAGGCCGAGGCGACCGAGGCCAAGAAGAGCGCCGCGGCCGAAAAGAAGCGGCUCGCCGACGAGGAAAAGGCCAAGGAAGAGGAGCGCCUCAAGGCCGAGCGGGAGCGCAAAAAGCAGGUCAAGUACCCUAUCGAGGACCUCGACCUCGACCCCAUCACGCCGCGGGAGCUCAAGUUCCAGGUCGAGGGCGAGCUGCCACGGCGCCGGCAGCGUCCGAUACCCAGCCGCGGGCCUGCCGCCCUGCCCGUGCCCGUCGCCGUGUUCGAGGAGUUUAUGGUGUCGUACUACUUUCUCGUGGCGCUCGGCAAGCCGCUCUCGCUCUCGGUCUUUACGCUCGACGACUACGAGCAUGCGCUGCGGCACUCCACCCACGAGCCGCCGUGCGCCCUCAUCGCCGAGAUCCACGCGGUGCUGAUCAACACCAUCGUCCGCGACGGCAGCCACUCCAAGGACAUGGCGCCCGCCGCCAUCGCCAGCCGGGCCGGCGCCCGAGAGGCCAACGGGUCGGUCGCGCCCAGCGAGAACGGCGAUAGCGUCGCUGGUCCUUCGCGCGCCGGAUCCGCCUUUGACGAGAUCGAUGGCGACGCUGACGGCGAGGGGGACCGCGCGGCCAACGGCAACGGCACGGCGCGGGACUCGACCGUCGCCGAGAUCCUACGAGCCGCCAGGGAGCUCGGCAGAGGGUCGGAAAAGAGGCUGCUCCGCGUCGAGGACGGGCGUGCCGGCUGGGAGGCGCAGCUGGCGGCGCUCCUGGCGCGGAGGUCGAGCCCCGAGACGUGCCCACGCCUGGUCGGAAUCCUCUCGCACCUCACCGGCAUCCAGCAUCCGGAGGGCCACAUCGACGGUCAGUGGAUCGCCGACACAUACACGAGCGUCGUGGAGCGGUACCCGGUGCUGCCGCUCGAGGACAAGAUCCGCAUCAUCAACCUGCUCUGCGAGCUCACCGUCAUGACCAAGCCGGUCAAGGCUUACUUUGAGGAGUGCGAGGCGCAGGUGACGGAGCUGCGCAAGGAGAAGAUCGAACUGGGCAGGGAGAGGAAGAAGCUCGCCGAGGAGAGGGAGGCCUUUGAAGGCGGCCAGAAGAAGGACGACGCCAAGAAGGAAGAGGACCACGCCGGCGAGGCCGAGGACGGCUCGACGGCCAUGCCGGUCGACGAAGAGGGCGACGAAGGCGACGACGACGACGACGGCGACUCGGAAAAGGACGAGCUAGAGUCGUCGGACGGCGACGAUGACGACGGCGGCGGCGGCGGCGGCAGGAGGGGGAGUCGCCUCUCGACGGCCGACGCCUCGGACUCGGGCUCGGACCGCUUCCGGCGGCCGUACGGCUCGUCGUCUCGGCAGGAGAAGCUGCGGGAAAGGGCGAUGCUGCGCGAGGCCGAGGAGGCUGCGCGGGCGGCGUCGCUGGCCAAGGAGCGCGAGGCGCACCGGGCCAAGCUGGCCGAGAACAAGCAGAUCAAUGCGGCGCGCAAGCGGCUCGACGACGAGGAGGCCAAGCUGUGGAAGCGCGAGGAGGCCAUCGAGCGCGAGUUCCGCAAGGUGCUGCUGGCGCCGCGCAUGAUCCCGCUCGGCCGCGACCGCUUCUACGCCCGCUACUGGUGGUUUGACGGCGUCGGCAGCACCUCGCUCGUCGGCGGCGGCGGCAGCGUCCUGUACCAGACGGGCAGGAUCUUUGUCCAGGGCCCGAGCCGCGAAGAAUGGGGGCUGGCGCUGGGCGAGCGCAAAAAGGAGCACCUCGACGCGAGAAAGGCCGAAGAGAUUGGCCCCGAGGGCGACCUGGCCGUCGACGAGUGGGGCGUCUACACCGAGACCGAGCAGAUCGACGAGCUGCUGUCCUGGCUGCGCGUAAAGGGCCACCGGGAGAACCACCUCAAGUCGCAGCUGCUCAAGUUCCGCUUCUACAUCCAGGGCGGGCUGCGCAAGCGCAACGCCGACCUCCAGGGCGGGUGGAGGGACCAGCUCGAGACGCGGCGCAGCAGCCGCUCCAAGAGCGAAAACGCCGGCAGCAGGCGGGCGAGCUACAUGGCCUGGCGGAACGCCGCCGCCGAGCGCGACAGGAAGUAG